GCGGAUUGCAUCUCCUGUACCUGACCAGCGUCCCUCCGUCCCGAGACCCCAUCAAUCGCUUCUCUUGUCCCCCGGUCCCCAGUCACGACCCCACCGCAGCCAUGACCCAAUUCGCACCCCUCAAGAAUGACCUCCUCCUCCGCACCGCCCGCGGCGAGAAGGUCGAACGCCCACCCUGCUGGGUGAUGCGACAAGCCGGCCGCUACCUCCCCGAGUACCACCAAGAAAAGGGCACCCACGACUUCUUCGAAUGCUGCCGGUCCCCGGAGAUCGCCUCGAAUCUCACACUCCAACCCAUCGACCGCUUCGCCGGCCUCAUCGAUGGCGCCAUCAUCUUCUCCGACAUCCUCGUCAUCCCGCAAGCGAUGGGCAUGGAAGUCGUCAUGCUGGACGGAAAGGGACCACAUUUCCCCAACCCACUUGUCGGACCCGAGGACGAGCAGUUCAAAGAGGUGAUGGAGAGGAAAGUGGAUGUCAAGGAGAGUCUGCAGUAUGUCUACGAUGCGAUCACGUUGACGAGGAAGAAACUGGAUGGAAGAGUGCCGCUGUAUGGAUUCUGUGGCGCGCCGUUCACGUUGAUGUGUUAUAUGGUCGAGGGAGGCGGGACGAAAGUUUUCCGUCAGACGAAGACGUGGAUUUACAAGUAUCAUGCUGCGGCGAAGGAAUUGUUGCAAAAGAUUGCGGAGCUGUGUGUGGAGUAUUUGGCUCAGCAGGUUGUGGCUGGAGCACAAAUCUUGCAGGUCUUUGACUCUUGGGCGGGAGAGCUCAGUCCGGCGACGUUCAAGGAGUUUUCGCUGCCGUAUCUGAACUGGAUUGCGGAUCAUCUGCCUAAGAGAUUGGAAGAGCUUGGUGUCGAGCAGGUGCCGAAGGUGGUGUUUGCGAAGGGUGCUUGGUAUGCAUUGGAGGAUCUGUGUAAGAGCAAGUAUGAGGUGAUUGGACUGGAUUGGUUGCAUGAGCCGAAGGAGGCGUAUGCAGUUGCGCAGAAGUAUGGAAAGGUGCUGCAGGGGAAUGCGGACCCCGGCGUGUUGUAUGGAGAUCAUGAGGGCAUUACGAAGGUGGUCGAAGAGAUGGUGAAGGGCUUUGGAGGUGGCAAGCAGGGAUGGAUCGCGAACUUGGGACACGGCAUCACACCAUGGGUCAAGCCCGACGACCUGAAGUUCUACUUCUCCGAGAUCCACCGGAUAUCAGGUAGCUGA